AAAUAUGAUUAGCGGGUUGAGGCUUCAGGCACCCGCACCUCCAGUUCCAACUGACGGCCACCCCCACAAAGAUCGUGGGAAAAUAACGGAAACAUAAACCAGUGGAUCGAGCUUCUGACUCUGAGCUUCUAUUCUUUUUCACUCCCAAAAGCAAUCAUGAGGGAAGAAGAUAGAAAAUUACGUCGGGUAGGCAAAUUGAGUGGACAGCAUUUAGAGAGGGAAACAAGCAGUCCACUCUUUGUCGUUUCCUUAUCCUAUCUCAAAUUCUCAACAACAGCAGUCCACUCUUCUAGCCUAAAGCUACGUACUUGCUUUGCUGCUAACUAAUCUGCAAUAAUGGAACUCUUCUUUCCAUUCAUGAACACUGCAACUCUUGCACUUGCUGUGGUUCUUCUGCUUUCUUACUUCCUCUUCAGGAGACCCAAAUCAGGAAAAGGGAAACAAGUGCCAGAAGCAGGGCGAUCCUGGCCGGUCAUCGGGCACCUCCUUUCGCUGCGAGGAGCUGAACUUCCCCACUUGAAGUUUGCAGAGUUGGCUGACAAAUAUGGGCCAAUUUUCAUGGUCAGGAUCGGUCUGUUCCCAAAUCUGGUGGUCAGUAGUUCAGAACUGGCUAAAGAACUCUACACCACUCACGACGCAGCCAUAUCUUCUCGCCCCAAUCUCACAGCUUCAGUGAUUCUAGGCAACAACAGCGCCAACUUUGGGUUCUCUCCUUAUGGGGAGUACUGGCGCCAGAUGAGGAAAAUAACUGCCCUGGAGCUGCUGUCCAACCGAAGGCUUGACCUGCUGAAACAUGUCAGGACUUCGGAAGUGAAAGCAGCCAUCAAGGAUCUGUACACGGUGUGGGAGAAGCACAACAACAGAACUGGAGACAUCAAAGUUUAUGCUCAGAUGAACAAGUGGUUUGGGGACAUGAAUUUGAACGUCAUACUAGGGAUGGUAGCAGGGAAGAGGUACUUCGGCAGUGUUGCUGUAGAGGACGAGAAGCAGGCUGAGAGAUGCAGGAAGCUGAUGAGAGACUUCUUCCAUUAUGCAGGGCAGCUUGUUGUGAGAGAUAUGUUCCCGUUUCUUGGGUUUCUAGACGUAGGAGGGCAUGAGAAGGCCAUGAAGAAACUCAAUGAUGAUCUGAACAGCCUCGCCGAGGAAUGGAUUGAGGAGCAUCGUAACAAGAAGGAAACAACAUCGUCUGAUGAUGAACAGCAACAAGACUUCAUAGACGUCUUGCUCUCAGUCUUGAAAGAUGUCGACCUUAAUGGUUACGAUCUAGACACAGUCUGCAAAUCCACAGCCAUGGUAACUCUCAUUAUUGGUGGCACUGAUACCACAACCGUGACCCUAACCUGGGCUCUAUCCCUUCUCCUGAACAAUCCAAGCACCUUAACUAGGGCGCAGGAAGAACUCGACGAGAUCGUGGGCAAAGAGAGGCUGGUGGAUGAAUCAGACAUUGCCAAGCUUCCCUAUUUCCAAGCCAUACUAAAGGAAGCGAUGAGGCUGUACCCAGCAGGUCCAAUUGGAGGCCCCCGGGAAUUCUCCAAGGAUUGCACAGUAGCUGGGUACCAUGUCCCGGCUGGGACUCGGCUACUAGUAAACAUCUACAAGUUACAAACUGAUCCCAAGGUGUGGUCAAACCCUAUGGAGUUCAAGCCAGAGAAGUUCCUUACCGCACAGUACAAAGACCUCGAUGUGAAAGGGCAGCACUUUGAGCUCAUCCCAUUUGGUGCAGGAAGAAGGUCGUGCCCUGGAAUCAACUUCGGGAUUCAGAUGACUGAACUGGCUCUUGCAAGUUUGCUGCAAGCAUUUGAGAUCUCAACCAUGUCUGGGGAGCCAGUCGACAUGACUGCAGCUCCUGGGCUUUCUGUUAGCAGAGCCACCCCGCUUGAAGUUCUGGUUAAGCCACGCUUGCCUUCAAGCUUCUACAAAUAGAGGCAACAACGAGUGAACACAGAAGAUUCCCACAUAAAACCCUCCACCAAAUCCGAAGAAUGGAAGAUAUUACUACUACUCGGUUGUGCCUUCGAUGGCUUUUUAAUUUUUAUACAUUACUAGUGUAAUGGCCCGAGCUCUGCGGCGGGAUACCAUGAUAUACAUUUUAAAUCUCAAUGUGUUAACUGUUAACCACCUAUAUAAUAGGUUAUCCUAGUAAAGAUCUUCAUAUUUGUUAGAAGUCUUACUUUUGAAUCAUCGAAGGACAAUUCUUUCUUUCUGAGUGGAGUACUGGACAUUACACCUGUACUAGUAUGUAUGUAUUGAAGGAUAGGAAAAUGUUGGACCAUAUAGGAGCAGAGUGAGUAUAUAUAUCAUCCCACCAAGGAAUAGGAUCCAGAUCUGGUAGUAGUGGAAUUUUUAAAGCUUUCUUGAGCCUUCCAGUUAAUAGACAGUUGGAUAGGGGU